GACAGCUUAAAAUAUGAAGACCUCCAAUGUGUUAGCUUUGCUUGUGUCCAUGGUGCUUUCUAUUGGAAACGCCCACGGCACGGCAUGGGGAGAAAGAGACUAGCAACUCGCGUCCGAGCCCCAAUACAAUCAUCACCGGCAGCAAACCGAAGCAGCAACCGAGACGACUCACUCCUAAUGCAUCAUCUGGGUUCGAAAUGUGGAGAUGGCAGCCCAGCGGCUAUCUACUCCAACCAACAUGCUCCCGGGCGAGACCCCUCCAAACAUGUCUUCUUCGUUAUGAAAGGAAGUGUUUGCUACACUGAAGCAGACUGCCAGAAAGUGAUGCAAGAAUUGCCGUAUAAGCUCUCCAGCAAACCAUGGCCCCCUUCAGUGAAUGGGCUGAGCAUUCUUUCCAACAACCCUGUGCUGAAUCCAGUGACGCACAACUAUACUUUUUGGAUGGUUCCGUACUGCAGUCAAGAUGCAUACUUGGGAUCUGGUACCCAGGACUCUAACGGCAUCUACAAGGCUGGAUCUGUAAACUUGAUGCACGCACUGCAGUAUUGGUCACGCCAGAAGCAAGAUAUUCCAACCAUUGAGAAGCUUCUUGUCGUGGGCAGCAGCGCGGGGGCACUGGGAGUACUCAACCAUUUGGAGGAGAUCAGGGACACAGCUCAGCUUGCUAACGUCAAAGAAAUGAGCAUCAUUCUGGAUUCAUCACCUUUGAAUGGAAAAGACUUGCUCGACGACAUCAACCACAACAGCUCUACAAUAAGCGAGUACUUGAAAGCAUACGUUGACCCCCAAGUUCAUCCCAUGUGCUUCGAAACAGAGCCCGACGGAACACCUUGCUGUUUGUCAACACACUGUAUCCUUCGAACUGAUCCAAUCAUUGCGCAAUGGAGCACCGAAACCAGGGGAGAAAGAAUGAUGCUGAUCAACAGCCAAUACGACCCCUACGAGUUUUCCAAGAUGAUUCAGCCUCCAGAUGGAUCCUCGCUUAGCGUCUAUCUACAAGCCAUGCAAAAAACCUACUUUGUGAGCGGAGAAAGGGCGCAGCGAAUCGCAGAGACUGCCAGUCUCCUCAAUGGGCGCCCACGACCUGAAAAUGCGACAAACACGAUGGGCUGGCUGACCACAUCAUGUGUCAUGCACCCAUUCUUGGUACCUGCCAACUUUGAUGUGCAGGUUGUGGACUGCGAUGCUGUCGACAAAGCAUGUAGAAACGGAACAACUGUUGGUAGCGUGGCAGACAUAUAUCAGGGCCAGAAUCUGAUCAUUUGGAAUGAUCCGGAGGUUUGGACCACAAAAUGUGUCAUUGGAGAGUCGAUUCAAUCGCUCAUACAAGAUUUUGUCAUGGAUAAGAAUCCACCACCCAGUCAAGAGCUACUGGUUACCUUUGGCGACGACUGCAAUGGACCCAACUGCGUUUCUGAUAAAUCGAACAUGAGCCUUUCGCCAUGUCAACAAUUCUUGGAGCUCGAAGACACCUUCGUCCCUCUGCCACGCUCCUUGAAGUGGGUCAUUGCCGGACUUGUUUGGGUUGCAUCUCUUAUUGGCUUCUUCAUGCGUUUCAAACCAUAUGCUUUUGUUCGAAAGCCAAAGAUGGACACUGAGGAUGCCAACAAGGAACGGGUAACCCUUGCAAUGAGAAAUCUCAAUGUUUACGAUUCCAAAAAAGACAACUAUAUUCUUUCAAAUGUGUCAUUUUCUAUUCCACAUGGAGCCAUUACAGCAAUAUGCGGAAAAUCGGGGGCUGGCAAAACAACGCUUUUGAGAGCCAUGGUAGGCCAAACUGAGCCAAAUUUGAAUGUAUCCGUCGAUGAUUCAAAUUUUGAUUUUGGGAAGGUUUGCUACGUCCGUCAAGAGGACAACUGUUCCCUAUUCAAUAGAAUGCUGGCUAGCGAAUUCCUCGACAACAAUGCGCUGUUGUACGGUGCAUCAGCUUCGCGCCUCAAGGAAGUGAAAAGCAAGAUUGCUUCUUUUCAGGACCAGUUGGUUGGUCAUCUAAGUGGCGGCCAAAGAAAACGCAUUGCUGUCUGUUCCGCCCUGCUUAUGACUCCAGCCUUGGUUGUACUUGACGAGCCCCUAACAGGUUUAGAUUCGGUUUCGUCUCAAGAGUUCCUGCGGUUCAUCAUUGAAACAGUUCAUUCACAUGGCUGCAGCGUUGUCAUGACAUGUCAUGCCCCCUCCAAUGAGAUUGCUCAGAGCUUUGAGAAAUUGAUCGUGGUUGAAAAUGGACAUCUUGUUGUCAACACCCUCACUUCCAAAUUGUGGCGAACUCCCGAAGCCACGCUUGCAGACGACAUUCAUACUCUGCUUGAAAAUAGAGCCUCGUUCCGACUUGGACAAGAAGUCGGCUUGAUUGAUGACACAUGCGAUGUUUUGCCCAAUGCUGCUACCACCUCCCAGGGGCAAGGGUUGGUGACAGCAAUCCUGACACUCACAGAAAGGCUCCGCAAAGAAUACGGCUGGGCAUGGAACGAUUUCGGGCGCUUGCCGUUCACAGUUUUCGUUCUCACAAUCAUCCUAUCCUGGGAUGACCAAUCUCUAAACCAGACGCUGUUCGCCACGAUCUUCUGCCUUGCUGCUUGCUACAACGUGUUUCAAUACAAGAUCUCACAAGCCUGCGAAAUAUGGCGUAUGCAUCGAUCUGAAAUCCUUGAUGGCCGUAUUUCCUACCUCUCUUACAUGAUUGCGUCGAAGCUGUAUCAGUUUUCACCAGCUCUCCUGUCGCUGGUACCAUCUCUUGUGAUUGUUUACGCUCUCCUGGGCUGGAGCUUUGCAACGUUUCUAGGGCAUAUCAUCUUUGCCUCGAUGUAUUUGUCGAUAUCCCUGCAAGGGGGGCGCGUUCUGAGUCUUUGGUUUGACGGGAGCCACAUCAAAUACAUCAAGUUUUUCUCUUUGUACCUCAUGAUCAAUCUGAUGUUCAGCGGCACAGUCGUACCAAUCAACAAGUUCCCUUCGGGCUUCGAGUUUUUGUACAUAACGUCAUUCACAUUUUGGGCUGUAGCUGGGGCUCUCCUCAACCAGUUGCAAUACGGCGACCAUUUGGGAGGGGAUCAUUGCAGAACGGCAGUAACAUGUAUACUCAGCGACAACAAGAUCAUUGCACGUUACCUUGGAUAUCACCCUACGACUACGCCAACAAUGUCGCUGACGAUCCUUGGUUUGCUCUAUGCGUUGUUGCUUUUUGCAGAGUUUUUGAUUGGAAGUCGAGGCAGUCGGCGUUUCGCAAGGGUGGAAAAGACCAAGCUUUCUCGAGUCUCGUCAACGUCAAGACACGUGCCCCCUUCUUCGUCGCUGUUCGUCCGAGGAAAGACUGAAAAGGUCGAAAGUCAGAGUGCCAAUGCCGUCAUAGCCUAGCCAGGAACCAUACCGGUAGCUAAAAGGGCGCAGUAUAAUAUUGUAUGUAGAUUGCCCUGAAAUUCUGCUUUGCACUGCGACAACAUAUACAUCGCCUUGACCCUUCAAGGAAGUGCGUUUCAUGGUUGCAUCUUUCAAGUGGCUCCCUUUAGAAGAAGACUUCGCAAAGUUUGUUUCAGC